GUUCGUUCGAUUUGCCGGGCAGUUGAGAAUUUUCUUUUGACCGGGUCAGACGUUGGUCGGACGCUUACAGAAGACUCCGCUUUCAGUGAUAAGAAGUUCCACUUUAAUUAAAUUAAGUCGGUGCUGUAUUUUGGCUUCGGUUACGAUCUGUUCCCGGCCAGCAAUAUGAAGUUCAUAUUGUUGGUAUCUUUUCUUGGUGCGGCAUUGAUCGCGGCCGCCGAGGGUCGACUUUUUAUCAACCCUUAUCCCCGGUUCCAUUCUGUGAAACCAUUAUCAGUGCGCGAUAACCAAGAUGUCGGUCAGCCACUUUUCCUUACGCCAUUUAUCAAGAACAACUCCAUCGAUGCCGGGCGUCAGGCGGCUCGAGUUGUGGACGAUAGCAUUUUCCCGAAGGAGGUUGAGCACUAUUCGGGAUAUUUGACUGUUAACGAAACGGUGAAUUCGAAUUUGUUCUUCUGGUACUUUAGGGCGCACAAUGACGUCAACUAUGAGUCUCCGGUAGUGCUAUGGCUGCAGGGAGGUCCAGGAGCGUCCUCCUUGUUUGGACUUUUCACCGAACAUGGCCCAUUUUGGGUAGACUCAGACAUUAAGUUACAGCCCAGAAACUAUUCGUGGCAUCUCAACCAUCAUGUUAUCUACAUUGACAAUCCGGUUGGAACUGGAUUCAGCUUCACCGAUCACGCCGAAGGCUACUGCACCAACGAAGAACAGGUCGGUAAUCAAUUGUAUGAAGCACUGCUCCAGUUCUUCCAGCUGUUCCCAGAUCUGCAAAAGCGUCCCUUCUUUGUCACCGGAGAAUCUUACGGCGGAAAAUACGUUCCUGCAGUUUCACAUGCGAUCCACCGCCAUAACGAGAAUGCAAAGUUGAAGAUAAACCUGAAAGGUUUGGCCAUUGGCAACGGGCUGUGUGAUCCUUUCCAUCAGCUAGCCUACGGAGAUUACCUGUAUCAGUUAGGCUUGAUCGAUUCUAACGCUCUGAAUCAGUUCCACGACUAUGAGAAGAAAGGAAAAGAGUGUAUCUCUAAGAAAGAUUUCGAGUGUGCCUUCGAGGCAUUUGAUGCGUUGAUCAAUGGUGACCAAUUUCCUGCGGGAUCAUUGUUCAAAAAUGUGUCCGGAUUCGAUACGUACUUCAACUAUCUGUCAACUAAACCGGAUCCAACUGAUGAGUACAUGGGUCAAUUCCUGCAACUACCUGCCACUCGACGAGCCAUUCACGUUGGCAAUAAUACAUUCCACGAUCUGGAUAGCGAGAACCAAGUGGAGAAUCAUUUGAAGCUGGACGUGAUGAACUCGGUUAUCCCGUACCUGGAAGAACUGCUGAACCAUUUCCGUGUGGUCAUCUAUAACGGGCAGCUCGAUAUCAUCGUAGCGUAUCCGUUGACCAUGAACUACGUGCGCAAGUUGAACUUCCCAGCCCGAAAAGAGUACGAAAAGGCACCGCGUUACAUUUGGAAGGUCGAUGGUGAGAUUGCCGGAUAUGCAAAGGAAGCCGGCAACCUCGCGGAGGUGCUGGUUCGAAACGCCGGCCACAUGGUACCGAAAGAUCAACCGAAAUGGGCUCUAGAUUUGAUUAUGCGAUUGACCCAUGAUAAGGGGUUUUCUCGAAAGAGGAACUAGGUUUGUUUUGAGCAUUAGCAUUAAGAAAAGGAUUUUCUAUCAAUAAAGAUUUUUGUUUAUUAAAA